AUGCGUACUGUGGACCCGGAGCUGUGGGCCCGCCGCCUGCACCGGCCGGGGCUGCUGACGUCACGGCUCCAGCUGGGACUGGAGCGCACCCUGCGCGCCAGCAUGAAGGACGCCGCCGCCGAGUACUGGCACCACUGCUCCAUUGGGUUCGUCAAGUACAUGAAACAUGACGAUUUCAAUAAUAAACAUAAGAAGUGGCGCAACUUUUUGUUGGUGAUGCUGACGUUCGCGAUGGGCUGCGCGGCGCUAGUGGAUGGCACGCUGCAGUACCAGUCGCAGCCGCCGCUGUACGUGCAGAAGUACGCCGCGUCAGUGGCGCACGCUCCGUUCCCGGCGGUCGCCAUCUGCAGCAACAAGGUCAUCAGCAAAGCGGCGCUGCGGAAUCUCACCCGACACCUGUACACCGCACCCACCAACCAGCGUGACCGGUAUCAGUACUCCGAGGCUCAGAUAGAAGACCAUCUCCUAAAAAUGGGCGCCCUGCUGACCUACGCGUACACCGAGGUCGACUUCGUGUUCACUAAGUUCAUACGGGAGAGCAUGCCGCUGUUCAACAUCACCGACAUCAUGUACAGAUUCUCAGCCAACUGCUCGACGAUCCUGCUCCGGUGCUCGUGGCGAGGCAAGGUACAAAACUGCGAGCACAUGUUCGCGACCAGACUGACGGCACUCGGCUUCUGCUGCGUCUUUAACUCGAGAUACCAAGCCGCAGACUUCGGCCGCCAGCCUUUGGUACUAAACAAGACUGGGAAGGACUUCGGGCUCGGCGUGGUGUUACACGAGGAGCAGAACGACUUCGCUUACAUGAGGCGACCUGCGUAUGGGAUGGAGGUGCUGUUGUUCGAGGGUAGCGAGUUCCCGAUCGUGGAGAGCGGUGACGUGCGCGUGUACCCGCUGCCAAUCAAUGCAUCCGUCUACUUCAACAUCCAGGCGGUGACGCAGCAGCCCACGGACGAGGUCGGCUCCUACUCCGAGCACAGGCGCGGGUGCCGCCUGGGCCGCGGCGGCACGUCGCAGUGCCUGGCGGACUGCCGGCGCGACACCGCGGAGGCGCUGUGCAAGUGCGUGCCGUACACGCUGCAGCCGCAGUUCGGGCCGCGCGCGGCCGCAACCUGCACGCUCAACGAACUCGGGUGCCUCAACAAACACAGAGAGAAGUUCAUGUACGUGUACCCCGGCGAGGUCGCGCACGAGUCGCUGCAGCAGGAGCAGCAGGACUCGAUGGAGUGUGAGUGCGCGGUGCCCUGCGCCCGCCAGCUCUACCGCGCCACCAUCUCCUACUCCUACUACCGCUCUAAGCCGAGAGUCUUCCAAAACUUUCUCACAAGGAACAUGUCGCUACAGAGCACGACAUCGCUUCGGCUGUUCUAUGGCGUCGACCGACAGCAAUGGUACAAGGUGGAGGUGUUUUCUCGUUUGUCUGAUGUUUGUGGUAAGAUCAGUCAUUCUACAUGUCGCAUAAAAUGUAAUCGAUCUGUUUUAUAUUGGCAUCAUGUUUCCUCGUGUUGUCCAGUGAAGCUCAGCUGCCAGUGGAUGGCUAUCACUGGCAUCACGCUGGUGAGUUGCUGGGAGGUGGUGUACCACGCCACGUACCGGUGCGCGCGGCACGUAGCGAGCCGCGUGCGAGCGCCAUCUGUACCGCGCCGCCGCAUGCACUAG